AUGCCGACCGGACCGGACGCCGGACGCCCUGCCGCCGCCGGGAACAAUGGCGCCGUCAAAUCUGCCACUGACGAUCCCCUUGUGUGGAUCGACUGCGAGAUGACCGGCCUCGACCCCGACAAGGAAGAGAUUCUUGAAAUCUACUGCAUCAUCACGACGGGUAGCCUGGAAGUCCUGGACGAUGAGGGCUUCCAUGCCGUCGUCCACUGGCCGCAGUCUCGCCUCGACGAGAUGGACGAGUGGUGCACUGCCACGCACGGCAAAUCUGGACUCACAGCCGCCGUCGUCUCCUCAACGACGACGCCCGAAGAGGCCGCCGAGGGCCUGUAUCGCUACGUGACGAGGCUCAUCCCUGAGAGCCGUAAGGGACUGCUCGCGGGCAACAGCGUCCACGCCGACCGCGCGUUCCUGAGGCGAGAGCCCUACGCCAAGGUCAUAGACCACCUGCACUAUCGGCUCCUCGACGUCAGUGCCAUCAAGGAGGCGGCUCGGCGCUGGAGUCCAAAGCAGGUCAUCACCAAGGCGCCGUCCAAGAAGGGGCGCCACGUGGCGAGGGACGACAUCCUGGAGAGCAUUGAGGAAGCGCGGUACUUCCGAGAUGCCAUCUUCAGAGGCGGGGAUGGGGCAGCUUCGACGUGA